GUGCCCACCCCGACAUGGCCGCUUCCUGCAGGAAGAGAAGAUGGAAGGAUUGUUGCCAGGUCGUGAUGAUAAAAGAAUGGAAUAGGACAGACAGCUGCAGUUGCAUUGUCCAGCUAUACUGUUAGGAGGAUUUUUGGCAAAGAAGAGAAGAUACCUCUAAAAUACAGAACACCAGUAUGGAAGCUAAAACCAGUGAAGAUCAUUUGAAAGUCCAGAAAAUGAAGAAGAAAGUAUUGAGGAAGCAAGUCAGAGCUCAGCAUACGUUGAUGAGACAUGAGGGCAUAAAGUGUGUCUCCCAUGUGACACAGAGCCUGGUUAUUGCCAAUGCUGGUCUUGGUAAUGGGAUGAGUAGACAGCAGUUGCUCAGAAUACUAGAAGAAUAUGGAGCAAUGGAAACACUCUUAAUGCCACCAAAUAAACCAUACUCAUUUGUGAAAUACAGAACAACAGAAGAAGCCAAGAAAGCCUUUAAUGCCCUUAAUGGAAAGGAAGUAACAUUGGAAGACUGUGACCAAAACAUUGUUCUAUAUAUUAAUUUUGUGGAAAAAGUUUCCUUGCAAAAUGCUGUUCCUACAAGCUUGCCUCCAGGCUUAGUGGUAAUUGAAAACAUUAUUUCUCCAGAGGAAGAAAGGAGGAUGUUGGAAAGUAUUGACUGGAAAGCAGAUGAAGAUACUCAGAAUGCCCAGAAGACUUUAAAGCAUAGAAGAGUAAAGCAUUUUGGAUAUGAGUUUCGCUAUGAUAAUAAUAAUGUUGAUAAAGACAAACCAUUACCUGGAGGUCUUCCUGAAAUUUGCAACCCAUUCUUGGAGAAGUGCUUAAAGCAGGGAUAUAUCAAACAUAAACCUGAUCAACUGACUGUAAAUCAGUAUGAACCUGGACAAGGAAUUCCUCCUCAUACUGAUACGCAUUCUGCUUUUGAAGAUGAAAUAAUCUCUCUCAGUUUGGGAGCUGAGAUUGUGAUGGAUUUCAAACACCCUGAUGGCCAUACAGUGGCAAUUAUGUUGCCCCGAUGCAGUUUAUUGGUGAUGACUGGAGAAUCCAGAUACCUGUGGACACAUGGGAUCACACCCAGAAAAUAUGAUGUUGUUCAAGCAUCAGAACUUGGGCAAAAGGUUAGAACAAUCACUGCUGAUGUUGAGGAUUUAACAUUAAAUCGAAGGGAAACAAGGACUUCAUUUACAUUCAGGAAAGUGAGGAGAAGCCCUUGCAAUUGCAUUUACCCAUCUGUCUGUGACAGCCAGAAAGGACAGCAGAGACCAGUGCAGCCCUCAUUUCCCCAGAAUGAGAUGGAGGCCUCAAAGCUGGAGCAAGAAUAUGUACACAAGGUGUAUGAAGAGAUUGCCACACACUUCAGCAGUACCAGGCACAGCCCAUGGCCCCGAAUUGUGGAGUUUCUCAGGUCCCUGCCAACAGGGUCAAUAGUGGCUGAUAUUGGUUGUGGCAAUGGGAAGUACCUUGGCAUCAAUGAGGAUUUGUACAUGGUUGGCUGUGAUCGCAGCAAAAACCUGGUGGAUAUUUGUGGAGAAAAGCAUUUCCAGGCGUUUGUCUGUGAUGCCCUGUCAGUGCCAAUCCGCAGCGGUUCCUGUGACGCCUGCAUCUCUAUUGCUGUCAUCCACCACUUCUCCACAGCAGAGCGGAGACUGGCUACUAUCCGGGAACUAGCUCGGCUUCUAAGACCUGGUGGAAAAGCACUCAUUUAUGUCUGGGCAAUGGAACAAGAAUACAAAAACCAGAAGUCUAAAUACCUUAAGGAAAAGAAUGGUAGUAAAAACAAAGACAGAGAAAUGAAUACUGACAUAGCCCAGAGACCACUUAAUGACCAAGGGCCUGAUAACAGCAGCCAAGACUCAGCAUGGUGUGACCAACUCCUUAAUGACUUGAAGGAUGAAAGCUGUGGUGCCAAGCCAGUAGCAGACUUCAGACUGCCUGUUCACACUAACAGAACUUCCUUUCACUCUCAAGAUUUGCUGGUUCCCUGGCACCUGAAAGGUGGUACAAAAAAGAAAGAGGAAAAUGUUGAUACAGUGGUGGUUCCAGGUGGCUCCAAAGAAUUGCAGGAGCUCAGCCCUGUUUUCCACCGCUAUUACCAUGUGUUCUGUGAAGGGGAACUGGAAGCAGUGUGCAGAUCCCUAGAUUGUGUGAGGGUUCAAAAGAGUUACUAUGAUCAGGGGAACUGGUGUGUGAUUCUAGAAAAGUUGUAGCCUGUGAUGCUUUCUCUACUAUCUGUAGAGUUUUCUUUGUUUUUUUACAGUGAAAGACAUUUUGUGAAAGGUAUUUUUAAUGCAGGCUGCAGCUGUUGCCUCUUUUAAAAUAGCAGAAUGAAGAUUGUGCAUUGAGGUAAUAACAGUGGCUAGCUCUGUGUGCAUAUGUUAACAAAACAAUGACCAAACUCAGCUACUACCUCUGCAGUGUUUGCUUUACUUCUCUGAAUUACAGUGAAGAGGAUUGCGUGGGAAAAUACUGCCCAUGCAAAUCACCAAGACCAGUGUUGAGCUUUUAAGACAGAGGGCCUAGUUCUCCCUUCUGUUACACCAUUUUAUAUUGAUGUAGCUGCAGUGUUUUCCCUGCAGUCCACAGCUAAUUGGAGUGGAGCUCUGGGCAGGAACGGCAGAGCUGUUUGCUGUGUAAAAUUGUGGAUGAGGGAGGAGGGAGUGAUUGGCGCAUGAAGCAGUUAAACUGAAGAGUCAAACUGUUGCCUCAAGUUUGGUCUUGCCUGUUUUGGUGUCCGUGAGUGGUGACAGGUCUCUUUCAGUUUGGAAUUUACUCUCUUGGUUGUGGUAAUAAUUAUUUCCUCAAAGGAAACUGAAAAGAUAUUGGGGAUAGCGCAGACACUUUGCUCUUCCUUGACUCUCAAAUACCCACAAGAUUUCUGUAGCUCUUCAUUGCAGUGUUUGUGAAAGCUCCUGUGAGGUGUGAGUUCCAGCCCAGCUGGAACAGCCAGACCAGCUCUGCUACACACCUGCAUUUCAGAGUGCGCAUCUCUGUGCCUGUAGCAUCAGGAGCUGUGGGGGUGGGGUGACACUGAGAUUUCCCAGGGGAAAAAGGGAAAAAUAUUAAAGUGAAGGCAGUAUUGGCACAGGUUUUCUGGUGGGUAUUUUCAACCUCUAAAUGUUGUCAGUGGAGCAAGUUUUGUUUAAUACACUUCAAAAGAGCAAAGGACUUGAGUGGAGGGGAACUGAUGCUGGGCUGACUGACUCAGAGCAGCUCUUUUGGCUGUGGCCUGCAAGGACUAGUGCAAUUUAUUUGAUACAACUCUUGUGCUUCCAAAGGAGUGUGACACCUGGAAUGCAUUUCUGAAGCUAAAAUAAUGGGCUGGCUUUUGUGGGAUGAAUGGCUGUUGGUGCCUCUGGAAACCAGUGCUACUAAACUAUGCUGUUAUAUUGAUUGAUCGCCUGUAAUUGUAGCAAGCUCUACGGUAUUGGCAGGUUGUGGUGCUGUAAAUAAUGGCGUUCAAACCAAGGUGCCCAUCCUAAAUCAUGUGGGGACUUUCAAGGACACCUUGGCUUACUCCUGCUUGCCUCCCAUGUGCAAGUUAAAGGCUGCUGUGCUGGCAGCCUAUUCACAGUCACCAUUUCUCCUAGGCUCCCAUCUUGUAAUGGAGAAAAUCCAAGGGGAACGAGAGCAGUAAGAGAGGAGCUUGCUGCCACCACAAUUCACCUGGCCUGUGCUUUGUGUGCUGUCUGCUUCCAAAGAGCCUUGGGAAAGAAGCUCUCAUUCCUCAGCUGCACAUGUAGCAGCAGCCUUGUCCUAAUGAUUCCUUCCCUUUGGCCAACCAAGGAAACAUGUCUGUAGCAAUGAACCCUCUUGGGCAUGUUCAGGGGCUGAUUUGCACAUAUUCAAUGAAUAUCCCAUAGCUGGAAACGUGUCUUGCAUAAAGGCCUGAGCUGGCUUUAGUACUGGGACACAGUGUUUGGGUGCAAGAACUCACUCCUUUCCCAGCUGGACUGUGGCACCAGAGCUAACCAGUUCUACACGAUGUCAGUGUGUCACUGGUGAGAAAGGGCAGGGAGAGCCUCUGCCUGGUGUCUGUGCAGUGACUAACUCACUAACCUGGGCUCCCUAUUAUUUCUGAUUAUGUGGAUUGCAUUUAUAUAGAAUAAAGGAGGAAGACACAUUUCUGAAGCUCUGUGCCUGCAUGGCCCUGUGUUUGCUGGUGCCAGGACUCCUGCUGAGCACACAGCAGCUGCUGUUGGGUUUCUACAUUGCCUUUAGCUGCAUUUUUAAAAGAAUAUACAGUGUUCUGGCAAGGAACAAUUACUCCUUGAAAGUCCUUCUGAAGUGCUGCCAUAUCAUGACCUUGUGUGACAAAUUAGGAAUCAGUCUGCAGUUGUGCUUGAUUAGGCAAUGUACCCUUGUUCUGACUGAGGAUAGCUCAGAGGUGCUGCCUCCAAAUUCACUGCUGGCUCUGACUGCACACAGGGUUAAGCACUGUUCUAACCUGGGGCUCAAAUGCAUCAAGUAGACAAAUCCAAAAUAAUUAAAUGUGGACUUUAUGUAACACUGAUCUAUUUUUUGCAAGCCCUGUGGCUCCUGUAGAGCUUUCCUGUUUUCCCUCUGUUUCCCUGGCAGAGGCAGCAUUAGGCAGUGUCUGGGGUCACACUUAGCAUUUCUUGCCUUCUGGGCUGAUUGACAUCAUUUAUUGACUGCCAUAUGAAUGAAUAGGUCCCUUUCCCUCUCACCAGGUCUGCAGUGAAGCACCUGGGAUGUCUGAGAGGAGAGUCAAAUUUUAUUGUCAGUCUUUUGGAGACCAUCAGUCUUCCUGCAAGGUAUUCCUUUUAGCUGAGUCAUAGCAGCUUUUCAUGCUGUGACUUGCUUUUCAUCCAUUUCAUGCUGGCUCAGAGCAGAAAGUGUUUUUCUCCCUGUCCUAGGCAGCCCAGAACCUCCUUCCACAACUAGGACCCAUUGGAAUUCAUCACCUAGGGUGAUGAGUUCCAGUGGGUCCUGGUUCUGGAAGGAGGUUCUGGCAUGGGGAGCACCAGGUUGGGCAACACUACUUGGACAGGUAGACUGGGUUGAACAUAAUUCCUUACCAAAGAGGCUUUUCCUGGCAUUUCUGAGGGCUGUGAGCCAGAGGACGAUCCCAGCGGCAUGCUAUCUCUUCAAAGACAAUAGAAAAGUUAAAAGUACUCUGAAAUCCUCUGAGGCCUGGAAAUGUUAUGAAAUAUUUCUUUGGUUAAAGUCAGAGUCUCUUCAGAUGCUCCAAGAGGGAUGAAGUGGUGAAGGAGAAAAUGACAAGGGAGGAGGGCAGGUAAAUGUUAACAAAACAUUGCAGAGAUUUACAACACAGAAUUACAUGCAACCACACCUGCCCUCUGCAGUACUGACUUGCCCCUUUUUACCUCCUGGAAGUGGUAAUGAGAAGAAACUCUUUAAGGUCAAUACUUGGUUUUAAAUGUUACAGAUUUUGUGUUGCACUGUCCUGCCCUGACAAAACAAAGGCUUCAGAGCAUCCCUGGGCUUAAAGCAAAGGACAUUAAGUGAUUUCUUGUUCCAGGGCAGGCAAGAAAUGAAACCUGCAAAACAUGGAGGACUUCAUUUAACUUCAUAGAGAUUCUUCAGACUGAUGUCCUGGUGCAGCCAAGCCCGUGACAAAAACUCCUCCAGACCUCGGAGAGGCUGGAUUUCCCUGGAAGUGUUCAACUUAAGCUUAGCAGGGAGAUGUGUAGGACAGCAGAUGGCAAGGGACAACAUGCUGAUUGCAUUGCUUUGCUGAAUGAGAGCCACAAAAAGCGGAAUGGGGACCACAGCUUCUCUUAAGAGAGCUUGAAGGACUUGCCUUGGCACCAUGAGCAAAAGAUGAACUUUGUAUUCUCAAGAGCCCACCAAAGUCACUCAAUCAUGCGCUUCUUCAGCUGGACAGGGGAGAGAAAAUUUAAUGAAAGGCUCGUGGGUGGGAUAUCAUCAGGGAGAGAUCACUUGCCCAUCACCAUCAUGGGCCAGAGUAGAAAAAGGAGAAGUAAAACUAAAUCUUAAAAACACCUUCUCCCACCCUUCCCUUCUUCCCAGUCUUAAUUUUAUUUCUGAUCCUCUAACAACUCCUUGCAGUGACACAGAGGGAUGGGGAAUAGGGAUUAUGGUCACUUCAUCACAUGUUUCUGCAGCUGCUUCCUGUUCUCAUACCAGGAUUAGGAAUCAUCUUCCUCUCACAGAAGCAUUAUGAAUAUGAAACUUCUAAUCAUGUAAGUACAAAUACAGAUGUCAGACAUUCUCUGUAUAAAGUGAACGUCAGUGAGCACGUUUGGGGAACUGUGUGCCAGAAAUAAAUGUCAUGCAGCUGUCACUGCAUACAGCAAAUGUUCUGAGUUUUGCAAACUAUUCCCCUAGCAGCACUAGGUGGAUGGGGAGCCUUCCCAAACACUUAAAUUAUGAGAGAUUUAGAGUGAUACCAUUUUCCAUACAUAACAAAAUUUUCAUGUUUACCAGAAUCUAAAAAACCUUUUAGUUUUAGAAUUCCAGUUCUGUUACACUUGUAAAUAUCACAGAAACACUUCCCACUUGCAAAGUGAAAAUGAUAAUGAAAUGAUAAAUGAAAAUACUAAAGAAGAUCAAUAGCUACUGUCUCCAGCAUGCUUUGUUUUGUGUAUUCUUCUUGCUGCUACAAUUAAGGAUUUCUUGUCAUUAUCACUUUGUGUGUCACUAUGGUUUUCUAUAAUUUAUUGUGGAGAAAAGAGGGAAAGACAUUUCAUUCGUUAUUACAAAUCUCUUUUAGGUGUGUUAAUGUGCUUUAUAUGAAGUGAUUAUGCUGACAACAUCAGCUUUUGGACCGUAACUUUUUAUGCAGAUAACUUGCUCUGCCUUAACUAGUAUAUGUCCUCUUGGGGCAGAAUCGGAAUUGCAUUGCUUUGUCUAAACUUUCUGAAAGACCAUGCCUGACAUCUCAAGUGGCUGCAAAUGAAACAUUUUCCUUCUCUCACCUGCCUCCUUAACAGGUAUUUGCUAUGGAGCUGAAGAAUGCAGACAGCAUGUUCUUGUGUCUGAUGGUGCUCCCAUCCACAAAUUUCCUGGCCAAGCUACCUCACUGAACUGUAAAAGACACCUGUGUUGAAGUCUGCAACUCAGGUCAACAGCAAGACCCUGGAUUGUUUUUAUCUGUCUGACAUAAUUUUGUACAGUAUUGCUGUCACAUUUCUACACUUGCAGCAAGCCACCACUGGUGUGCAAAUACUGUAAAAUUCUCAGAAACUUUGCCAGUAUUGUAAGCUAUUUUAAAGGUAUCCUUGUUUAAAUUGGAUCAGGGACACGGAGAGAGUGCUCUGACAUGAAACUCUUCUCUACCCCUUAAGCAGCCUAUGCUUAUACUUUACCAUAGCAAAACAGCAACCAAUGACAGCAGUACUUUUUCCUUUGAUUUUAUGAAAGUGGUAGCAGAAAAUUCUAAUUCACAAGCAAAUAAGGUGGAGAGAUAUGUCAGUGCAAUAUGAGUAAUUAAUUUUCUCCCUGCAAUGCAGAAAUGCUCCGUAUUAUUACUUUAACAUGACAAGCUUGCUUUUGUUAAAAACUGAUGCACUCUAUCUGAAAAAAGAAUAAAAAAGAAAACCA